AUGUCUACGAAGGACAAUAAUAUAUUGGUUCUGGCGGGACCUUCAUUGAGUUCAAAUAAUGAUCACAAGGAUAAAGUACUGGAUAUUGAACAUAUUCAAUGUGCGAGGGAAACUCCAAAUAGUAGUAGUUAUGGAACCGAAACAAAGAGUGACCAAGAUGAAAACGAACAACAACAACUUGAGCCAUCAUUCGAGAAGAAUGAUACACAUGAUAUCACAUUCCUGUUGCCGAUCCAGGAUAUUAUAGAUAGUUCUGGUGAUGCAGACGACGCUGCAUCUUCGCAGCAGAGCUUUGACAAGAUAUACGCACACCGACAUAUUGUACAGACACACUCGGAAUACUUUAGAAUACUGUUGACCAAUGGAAUGAGAGAGUCCACUCAACAAGAGAUUACAAUUCCCAACAUACCAACUGAUGUAUUCUACAACAUACUCCAAUUCCUCUACACAUCAAAGUUGGACAUUAACGAGGACAACAUCAACAAUAUAUACCUUGUAUGCGAUCAGUUACUUCUGGAUGAUGGCAAACAACUCUGUAGGUCUCAUGUCCAAUCGAUGGACAAUGCAAUAUUGGAGAAGUUACUUUAUGGUACCGAUAUUAUAUGUACAGAACUGAACAACUUAUUUAUAGACCAGGCAGUGGCUAAUGCAACAUACUUUUUGCAAGAGGAACGAGUGGCCAAGCUGACAAGGGACAUGUUGUUGGGAAUAUUACAAAAGGAGGACAUGCCAAUGAAGGAGGUGGAGAUAUUCAAAUCAACGGCAACAUGGAUCAAAGCGGAUAUUGGAUAUCCACCACCUACUGAUGAUGAUGGAGUGUCCAGCUUGGCAGAGUUGUUCAACUAUAUCAGAUUCCCAACGAUGGAGUGGGAGGAGCUGAGCACGGUGGUCGAGCCCACCAAGUUGGUCCCAACCAAUCUGUUGGUUGAGGCCUAUCGUCACCUGUCCAAGCCAAAGAACUGUCCACUGGCAGUAUGCGAUGCGAACAAUCUCAGACUGAUGCAGCGAAAGAAGAUAGACCCGCCAAUGGUCCCGGGUGUGGAGGUCUAUCGAAUCCCUUGUACUGACCAUGCCAACUGUGCCUCGGUCAGCUGGACCAUCUCAAACUUCAGUCUUAUCAAGACGCAGAAGCACAUCAGCAACACAUUUGAGAUCAUGGGGCUGCGCUGGAGGAUGUGGAGCUAUCCCGCAGGCGAGGCCAAGCACUCAGACUCAUUCUCUGUCUAUCUUGAGGCGAUACGAGUCAAGGAGAGGGAGUCAUUCGACUUUUUGAGGAACACUACGUUCUUCUUCUCGCUUGUCAAUCACAAGGAUAUGACACUGACCAAGGAGUAUCCAUCAUCGCCCAAUGUGUUGUUCAACUACGACAAGAGUGUGUGGGGCAAUGGAUUGAUCGAGUUGAAGCAACUCUAUGACCCAGCACUUGGCUUCAUCGACAACGACACCGUCACCAUCCAAUUACAUAUCUUGGAGUGUCUUGCAUUGGAG